AUGUCCGCUCUUGCCGUGGCCAGGCUCAGCGAGGGUGAUGAGGUGAUGCGCAUGCUUGUCGGAAACGGCACCAGCGGUGGCGCCACCAGCGACGACAUCGCCACUUUCCAGAUCGUCAUCUGGACGUCGGUCAUGCUCAUCUUCGCCGCCCUUGCCGCCAGCGUGGUGAUGGCUUCUGUGCACGACACCACCGACUCGGUCAUCUACAACUCCCCCGCCCUGCACGCCAAGUCCUCCUAA